AUGGUGAAGAGGUGGAUAAAGGUUGUGCUGCGGUGGUGCACAAGGGCCAAAACUGGUUGGAGAGAAACUCAAGAUCGGCCAGCAGCUGCCGGUUGCUCGUGGGUUGGCUACCGGCUGCUUCAGCGAGGGAGGAAGGAGAAAAGGGUUGUGUUGCGGUGGCCGCCUGUAGAGGAGAACAAAAGCAACGCGGCCCGCUACUGCACAACAAAAUCCUUUACUACAUUCCGUGCAAGGCUUCACCUGAAGCGAUACGAAUUCCAUUUUGAUUUUGAAUUUGACAUUUAUGAGGAGUACACAAGUGAAAAUUAUAGAAACAUAGAUGUCAGUUUGACUUUAGAGGAUACCAUUAGCCAAAGUCAAUCAAUCUCACAGAAGGAAACAGUAGCUGAACCAAACCAAAAACAAACUUCAACACAACAAUCAAUAGUUUACAAGAGGGAAUUGCCAACACAGACCAUAAAGUUAAUUGUACAGCAAUUAACUUGUUUUUCUAAAGAACCAGAUAGACGUUUGCCAUGGGGUACAAUAAAAACAAUUGCAUUGCAACAUAAUACAUCUAGAUGGACAGUAGCAAGGCUGUGGGAAUCAGCCAAAACAACAAUGCAAAAUGGCAUUGUAGUUGAUGUUAAUAGUAGAAAAAGGGGAAGAGUUGGUAGGAAACCAAGAGUCUUUGACAUGACUCUGCUUAAUGUUGUUCCAAUUGAAAAGAGAACCACAAAUAGAGCAAUGACAAGUGCAUUGGGUAUUGGGCAUUCACAAGUUUAUAGAAGGAUGAAAUCUGGCAAUAUUAGACCACAUACAAAUUUAAUUAAACCAAAACUUUCUCAUGACCACAAAAUAAGAAGACUCAACUUUAUUCUAUCCCAAAUAAUACCACCUACUGUAGACAGCUUACCAAAGUUCAGUUUGAUGUAUAAUGUUGUACACAUCGAUGAUAAAUGGUUCUACAUGAGUAGGAAAACACAAAGAGACUUAUUAUGCAAUGAGAAGGUCAGAAAACAGACCAGGAAGUACACCACAGUUAAAGUUACACGAGAUGUUCUUCGAGACAAACUAAUCAAUGAAGUUCUACCAGCAAUCAGAUUGAAAUGGCCAGCAAAUAGAGUCAAAGAUAUUUGGAUUCAACAAGAUAACGCCAAGCCACAUAUUUUAGCAAAUGAUCAAGCAUUCAAUAAAGAAGCUAACAAAGAUGGAUUUAACAUAAGACUAGUUUGUCAACAGGCAUCCAGCCUAGAUAUGAACAUCUUAGAUUUGAGUUUGUUUAGUGCACUACAAUCAAUUCAAUUCAAGUCAUUCCCGAAAGACCUCAAUGAUUUGAUCAAGGCGGUUAAUGAUGCAUACGACACUUUUGAACCAAAACUUUUGAACUACACGUGGAUACAAUAUCAACUAUGCAUGAUAGAGGUGUUGAAAGCUAGAGGUGGUAAUAAUUACAAGAAUCCACACAUUGGAAAACAAAGAUUGGACAGGUUGGGUAUGUUGCCAAGACAAUUAGAAAUUCCUCAAGAACUUAUAGAUGCAGCACGUCAAUUUUUAUCUCAUGGUAUAAUUAAUCUCAAUGAUCUUCCACAAGAUGAUUGA